UUUUCAACAUGGCAGGCAGCAAGUUGGUGCUAGAAGGAAGGAUAAGUAUUAUAAGCUUUGUCUCAGGUCUGGGCGUCAUCGUAAUACCUUUACUCGUAAAUUUUGGCUCUCACAUUGACUGGAUAUUCGAUUACCUCACGGAUGUAAACGGGAAAAUAGCCAUAGCGGUGUAUAUCACAGUUAUCAAUGGCUUCCUGCUAAUCCUAUACAAGGGACCUUUAUACAAGGUGGCUGUUAGGGCCUGUUUUCUUGGCUUUACCUUUGGAUGUGGCCUCACUUUAAGUUUUGCAGAUACAACAUGGACACACUUUGGCUGGUAUAUGUGCUCGCUGUCCUUCUUUCACUAUUCUGAGUACCUGGUUACUGCCAUUAUCAACCCACGCAGUCUAUCCCUAGACUCUUUUCUUCUCAACCAUAGUGUUGAGUAUACAGUAGCAGCCGUUUUCUCCUGGGUGGAGUUCACUGUGGAAAAGCUCCUGGUGCCGGAGAUAAAGCAGUUAAACUGGCUGUGUGGGGUGGGACUGUUCAUGGUCUUCUGCGGAGAGAGUCUGCGUAAAGCAGCCAUGUUGACCGCAGGGUCUAACUUCAACCACAUAGUGCAGAAUGAGAAGGCCCGGAGUCACGUGCUGGUCACAAGUGGAGUUUACGCGCUUUUUAGACAUCCUUCCUAUGUGGGAUGGUUUUACUGGAGCAUUGGCACUCAGAUCAUUUUGUGCAACCCAGUAUGUAUAUUGGGAUAUACAGUGGCCAGCUGGCGGUUCUUUCGAGAGCGAAUUGAGGAAGAGGAGAUCUCUCUCAUCCUUUUCUUUGGAGAGGACUACAUUGAAUACAAGAAGAAGGUCUUCACCGGCUUGCCCUUCAUCUCAGGGAUCAGGAUUAAUUCUUAAGGCAGUGCUGCAUUAGAGGGAGGAAUUAGCCUGACAGUGCCCACCUGGACACCUCUGACUGGCACUCUGAAAGAGCUAGUUGCCUGGUGGCAUCAUGGUGCGCCCCCUUGGGGGGGACAGCACAGACAAAUGAGGUGGCAGCACAAUAAAACUGACCUGAGACACAGCUCAGAGCAGGGUGGAGCUUCCGCCCUUAACAUCACCAGAGAUACUCGCACACCAACACCACAUUCCUCAACAUCUGUCUUUCACUCCAUAGUAUUUCUGUUCUGUCUUACUGUUCUUUUACAUGUAACAUAUGUCAUGUAUCCUCAUAUUUACAGCCAUUAUAACUGGCAUUAGUCUUGUGAAGUCAUAAACGUUUCACACAUCGUGUUUAUUCGUACAUGCAUCAUUUCAUGUGCUGGCUUUGUGGUUGGAAACCUUAAUUAUUGUUGGCCGCAAGUUUUUCCCCAAAAGCUUUUUAAAUAUCUAGCUUGUGGUAAGAGUUUUUUGUUCAGAGGUAUUGAAAGACGGCAUGAAACGGAA